AGGUUCAGUCGGUCUCCUGGAGUGAGCAGUGGUCUGGUGGCAGGCUUCGGAUCAGGGAAGGCACAGAUCUAGUUAUCAAAGUCGAAACAGCACCCGACGAGCAAGAAGGCUGCAUUCAAGGAGUUUACCAACAAAGAUGAAGUUCCUGAAAGUGCUUUCCGUGGUCGCUUUUCUGGCGUCUUUUUGUGACGCACUGUACUACAGGACUGAUACCCCUUGUGAUUUCACGGGCGUCUCCAUUGAUGAUGAGGUACUGUCACGGCUAAUCACCAGGCUUCCCGAGGGUUUAGAGUCGGGCCCUGAGGGUUUAUACAUGCUCUUCCCCGGAUUCGAAGUAGGCAGGCAAACCUUUGACGGUUUGAGGAAGCUUCAGAAGUUCGGACCCACGAUUCCCUACUGCGCCAACGGAACCCGCAUGGUGCAAGCCGACUUCUUCAGCAAUGACGACAUGCUCUUCUGGUCGCCAUGGAAGACCUGCUCGGGGGACGAGGGACGCGUGGUUGUUCGUGCAGGAUUCACUCGGUUCACCCUCCAGUUUCGCCUGGUCGAUUCAUCUGCCUCGGGAGUCAAGCUAGAAUUUCAUCGCGCACUGCCUGUUACUGUGCAGGGUGUUCGCCUUGAAGUUGAUGGGGCCGGACGUGUUGUGCGCGGAGUGUUUGAAGUCUUGAGCAUGCUCCUGCCAAGCUUCGUUGAAGAACUUUGGAUGGGGCAAUUUUUCCAGAAUCUUCACGAAGGUUUCCGCUCUAUGAACGAGGAAAACGCAUUUAUGUAGAAAAGUUCAGACAACCAACAGCAAGAUCAGCCAUAAAUACUUUAUGAUGAAAACUCAUUUCAGUUG